AUGAUUCUUCCAUCUUUCAUUCAAGAACCAGCUUUGGCCCUCAUCGGUGAAAGGUGCUACAAUUCGCUUAUCACAAACCUCAAUCUUAACGACACACAAUGUGUAAAACUAGUAUUCUCUAAAGCACUCGGAAUCGGUAUUGUGCUGGGCGGCUCACUAAUAAAGCUACCACAAGUUUUAAAGAUUAUUGCUAAUGGUUCAGCACGCGGACUAAGUUUCGAAAGCUAUGUGCUCGAGACAAUAGCGUAUGCAGUAGGACUAGCCUACAAUUUCCGACAGGGCAACCCGUUCAGCACAUAUGGAGAGAACUUGUUCUUGACAAUACAAGAUAUAAUCAUUCUUUUGUUAAUUUUGAAUUAUCGAGGACAAAAGGAUCAUCUCGUCGUUGCCAUCUUGUCUAUCGUUGGAAUGAGUUACGCAUUAGGUUCGCCGUCACUGAUCAAUGAAUCCUUUUUGGCCAUUUUACAGACAUGCACGAUUCCGUUGUCAUUAGCUUCAAAGAUUCCACAGAUCGUAAAGAAUUACGAGAAUGGGAGCACUGGACAGCUUUCUGCGUUUGCGGUGUUUGGAUAUACUCUUGGAUCGAUAGCUCGGAUUUUCACUACUGUUACCGAAGUUAAUGAUUCGAUUAUUUUGAUUGGGUUUAGCUUGGCAGCAAUUUUUAAUGCUGUUUUGGCUUUGCAAAUGCUUAUUUAUUGGAAUGCAGUGGAUGAGAUGAAGAAAAAAGAAUGA